AUGGCUCUUGUAGGCUAUUCAGAUAGCGAAGGCUCUGGCUCAGAAACACCCAACGUCGCCCCUGUACCCGCCACCGCGAAGUCCGCAGCAAAGAAAGGAAACUUCCAAAAACUAGUCGAUCCAUCGGCGCCACGCAAGAUCAAGGUCGACCUUCCGACGAUACAGCCAGAUAUCGAAGCAGACGCUCCACCAGCAAAGAAGGCUCGUACCGCUGGAAAAUUCGGCGGCUUCAACUCCUUCCUGCCCGCUCCCAAACGCACCGCCGACGCCAAANAAGGUCUAGGAUCUGGUGUAAAUCUGAAGACUGGCGCCGAGCCUGCCUUCAGCAGAGAAAGAGUGGAUCCCGACCCCUCGGCUUUUGCGCCCGCCAGCACGAGUGUGGACACCAAGGACGAUGCAGACACAUCAUUACCAGCACCCUUCCAGGAUGAAACGCCGAAAGAGGUCAAACCAGUGGGCAACGCUAUGAAGUUCAAGCCUCUGUCUGUCGCCAGAAAGAAGGCUCCCAAGAAGAAGAUCAUGCCCAAUACUAUUCCCGCUGUCCCAUCACCCGUCGCCCAAGCUACCACAGAGCCGCUCGAAGCGCCCGCUCCGAAGCCAAAAGUUUCCCUGUUCUCAGUCGCCCAGGACGACAACACAACUCUAUCGAACGCCCCUGUGGCAGACUACCAACCCUUACUCGCCGAGCCAGAAGUGCCAGCUACCGAGACAUUCGACUCGACAAUGGCCGCCGCGCCCGUACACUCAGACCCCAACUCGCUUACUGCCAUUGCCGACGAUCUAGGCUUAUCAGCUGGAGAGCGUAGAAGAUUGUUUGGUCGCAACAAAGAUGCUGCUGCGUUUGCCAGUGUCACACAUCUCAACAUGGAGGAAGAGUACAACAAUAACGAGCAACUCCGUGUCCAAGGCCAAGCUGUUGAACACAGAGCCGUCAAAGCUGUUGCCNCCGGAAAACACAGCUUGCAACAACUUGUCAACUCUGCUGCCACCCAAAAAGAGGCUUUGGAAGAUGCUUGGGCUCAAGGCCGUAGGAAUAAGGCCGAGGCUGGUAGCCAUUACGGCUUUUAA